AGAUUAACCACUGAAUGUAUUUUGUUGUACGGAUGUGUGUCCACCAUUCCACCCUCUAUAUAGCUUUGUACAGUCCCCUAGUGAGCCAAGUUAAGCCAGUGUUAUAAACAUUUUCCAGUACAUUAGUAUUAACAAAAGAAGUAUGCGUUUAUUAAGAAUGGCUGCUGGUUUAUUGUUAGCGUUAAUAACAGUUGUGAACAAUGCAAAAUUGCCAGAUUUCUCAAUAGAAGAAGUUACUGAUUUAACAACACAGAAUUAUUGGUAUCAACAAGCUCGGAAAACAUUGAAAAAAAACCUGAAAUUUAGUAAAUAUGACCACAGAAGAGCUAAAAAUCUCAUUAUGUUUCUUGGUGAUGGAAUGGGAAUGUCGACCAUUACAGCUUCUCGAAUCUACAAGGGCCAGAAAGCUGGAUUAAUGGGUGCAGAUGCGAAGUUGACGUUCGACGAAUUUCCACAUACCUCACUUUCAAAGACUUAUGCUUUAGACAAACAGACCUCUGAUUCUGCAAACACAGCGACUGCCUUUUUAUGCGGAGUGAAAGCGAACUAUGGAACUCUGGGUGUAAACGGGAAAGUUUUAUACGAGAACUGUAAAUCCUCAAAAGAUAAUUAUACGAACCUACAAUCAAUACUAGAGUGGGCCCAGGAAGACGGAAAAUCUACGGGGUUUGUGACAUCAACUCGAGUCACACAUGCGACACCUGCUGGUCUUUAUGCUCACACAGCUUCCAGAAAUUGGGAAUUUGAAAGCCCUGAUGGAGAUCAUGAGUGUCCUGACAUUGCUUUGCAGUUGGUAAAAUAUAUGCCCGGGAAAAAUAUUCAGGUUAUUCUUGGUGGAGGACGACAGGCGUUUUUUCCGAACAAUGAAUCAGAUGUAGAAACGAAGGAAAAAGGAAAAAGAACAGACAGAAAAUAUUUGAUUGACGAAUGGCUAGAUGAUAAGAAAAGAAUAUCUACACGAGUCCAUUAUGUGACUAAUAUGACAUAUCUUCGGAGUGUUAAGCCCGAAGAAACUGAUUACUUGUUAGGGUUGCUUGGAUACGACAACAUGCCAUAUGAACUUGAUCGAUCCAAGGAAGAAAAAGAACCAGCGAUCUGGGAGAUGACAGACAAAGCUAUCCGUAUCUUAAGAAAGAACCCCAAUGGCUUUUUUCUACUCGUUGAGGGUGGCCGUAUAGACCAUGCCCAUCAUGAUGGAAUGGCCAAGAAGGCAUUAGAAGAAACUGUGGCAAUGGACAAAGCUAUUGAACUAGCACUAAGGCUUACUGACCGGGAAGAUACUUUAAUAGUUGUGACGGCAGACCACUCCCACACGAUGACAAUCAGUGGUUAUCCAAAGCUGGGGAACAAUAUUUUAGGAACUUCUGUUUCAGAAGAAAUCAAUGUUGAGUACACAGUGCUUUCUUAUGCUAAUGGACCAGGAUAUAACACAAGUCGAGACAAUUUCGAAAACAACAUAACACUUGGUAACGAAUACAAACAACCUGCGACAUUUUACCUCGACAGCGAGACUCACGCUGGAGAGGAUGUUCCUGUGUUUGCUAUUGGACCCAUGGCCCAUUUGUUCCAAGGUGUUCACGAUCAGUCGUAUAUUCCUCACGCUAUGAGCUUCGCUGCCUGCAUAGGGCCAAGUAAAGAUUCUGCAGUGACGCUGUAAAACUUACAUCGCACACGGGACUUUUUUUACCACUGUAUUUUUAUGUUCUUCCUUUUUUAAAAGAAAUGGUUUAAUCGUAAUUAACCUAGAGAUUGCGUACACUAGUAUAUGUAAAAGUUGAGUUAUCCAUUUCGGAUUAAAUCCCAACACGUAUGAUAAUUUUUGUAAAGUAAAUAAAGACAUGUUAUUUUUAAUCUCAA